UUCAGUUUUUAAUUUUUUGUAAUUUCAUCAUCAAAUAACAUCCCAGAGUUGUUUGGUAUUCACCCUCCUUCCCCACCUGUCUGGAAAUAUGAGAUGAAAUGAACUCAAUGACACUGGGAGUUUUUUUUUUUAAAUGGUAGACAAAGUCUCGAAACAAUAUGUCCAAAGAUUACGUGAUGUGUGGAUGUUAAUGAUCAGGUGGCUGUGGUGUAAAAUUCAAAGCUGCUUGCCAUAUUGUGAAAGGAGACCCUGCAGAGAUCAGUGCCUGCAGUGCAGAGAUUCCGUUUUACUUGUAGGAGCCAUAAGGCCAGUGAAGAUGAAGUUCGAGAAUAUCUUGGAGGAAGUCAACGGCUUUGGGCCUUUCCAAAUAGUCCUCCUCUUCCUGCUCUGGACCCCUCGAAUAGUCCUACCCUGUCACUUCUUGUUGAACAUCUUCAUUGCAGCAGAGACUCCUCACCACUGUGACAUCAGCGCCCAUGGAGGAAUGUUGGAAAAUUUAACAUGGGAGCAGAGAUUGACUGUCAGUAUUCCUGCAAAAGAAGAUGGAGGCCUAAAAUCCUGUGAGAUGUUCGCAGAGCCUCAGCUUCAGCUCACAGACAACACAUCUGACAGUUCUUAUCUGCCAACAGUUAAUUGUCAGAAUGGAUGGGUUUAUUACAACUCCACCUUCACCUCCACCCUGGCAACAGAGUGGGACCUGGUCUGUGAUAGAAAAAGCCUGACAAAAACCACAAGCACUAUCUUCUUCUUUGGAGUGAUGAUGGGUGCCAUUGCUUUUGGAUACCUGUGUGAUAAAUAUGGGAGGAAAAGCACUUUGGCCUCGUACAUCAUGGCAAUCGUGUUCGGCUUCUCCAGCGCGUUUGCAAACUCCUACAUUCUGUUUGCUGUGCUGAGGUUUCUUACUGGGUUUGGACUGACAGGAAUCAGCAUCAACUCUGCAGUUCUCACCAUUGAGUGGGUGGACACGGGUCACAGGUCAUUAAUCGGUGUUAUGGGCAGUCUGGCCUGGUCUGUAGGAAACAUGCUUCUGGCUGGGUUUUGCUUUCCUGGUGACUGACUGGCGUCACUAAUCAUGACUGUUACUGCCCCUCUGGGGUUUGCGGUGAUAACUUGUGUGGAGAGUGCCCAGUUUACCUUGACAAAUGUGCUACAUUCAACAAAAGACCAAAACUGGUCAUCAGAAAUAAAACUGGAAGCACUAUCCAAUAUAGAAAUACAGGAUAAUCAGGGAAAAAGCUACACUUACCUUGACCUAUUCAAAACCCCGAAGAUGCGAGUGCUGUCCCUAAAGGCAGGAAUUGUGUGGUUUGGAGUUGCCUUAACGUACUACGGAAUUAGCCUCAACAUCAGCGGAUUUGGUUUAAACAUGUACCUCACACACUUCAUCUAUGCUGCCAUAGAAGUCCCCGCAAAGCUGAUGAUCUAUUGGUUUCUCAACAUAAUUGGGAGGAGGAAAUGCCAAGCUGGAACGCUAUUGCUGACAGGAAUCUGCAUUGCCAUCAAUAUCUUUCUGCCAAAAAGUAGGAAUGCCAUUUGA